AUGAGCCCUGGCAUUGUCGUGCAAAAGGCAACAAUUCGCAAUAAACAACUCCUUGAAUAUCCCACCAAAUGCAAAGCAUUAUCUUCCGGCUUUGGUUCAGCAAACGGAGUUUACACAAUCGAUCAUUUGGGAAACAUUCAAUUGGAAAUGAGACAAUCGGCUCACCAUAGUCUAUCAAGGAGACUCGGCACGAUUGGCGAUUAUAUUUGUGGUCUGGGCUUGACGAGUGGACUCCUAUUCAGUGGAUAUGUUUGGCAAAAUGGAGGACGGAUCGAAAAUCGGGUUGUUUGCCGCUUGAGUGGGCAACAAUUGCACUACGGCACA